AUGGAUCAUUUGAAUAUUUCAGCUUUCCCACAACGAACAUCGAUUACUACAGAGCAUUCUUCGAAUGCAUCGAGAAAUACGUCAAUUCAGUUUGUCCACCCGUACGAUAACAAAUAUGUCCUAGAGAAAACAUCGACGAAUUCCAAAAUCAGCUGUUGUCCGUUUCUUUCAUCAUCGGUUAAGCGCAUAGUUUUCUUCAGUAUAUUCACAAUCGUAAUCAUAAUCAUUGCUGUUAUCGUAGUUUGUUUAACAUCACCAGAACCGCCAAGUGCAACAUGUCGAUAUAUCAUCAAAUCGGAAGUUGAAAUUUUCAUCAAUACCGAUUCGUAUCCAAACGGAAUGGCAACCGGUGAUUUUAACAAUGAUGGUCGAAUUGAUAUUGUUACAGCAAAUUCUGGAGCAAACAAAAUGGGACUAUUCCUUCGACAUGAUGCACAAACAUUUCAAAAUCAAAUCACUUACUCUACUGGAAGUGGCUCUCGUCCAUAUUCAGUAACAGUAGCAGAUUUCAAUGGUGACGAGCAAUUAGACACUGCUGUAGCGAACUAUGGUACAAAUAGUAUCGGAAUUUUCUUCGGAAAUGGUAAUGGUUCAUUGACAUUCUACAAAACUUUUUCUCUUCGAUCAUCUCGCCCACAAUGGAUUGAUCAUGGUGAUUUUAAUCACGAUACUUUCAUUGACUUAGUUGUAGUUAACAAUGGUACGAACAAUAUCGGGAUUUUGUUCGGAGAUGGACUUGGUAAUUUUGCCGAACAAGUUACUUACUCAACUGGAUUCGAUUCCGAGUCGUCUUCAUUGACUGUUAACCAUCUUAAUAACGACAAUAAUCUGGAUAUUAUUGUUACUAAUCGCGGAACAAAUACUCUUCUGAUCUUUCUUGGAGACACAAAUGGAACAUUUGCUAAUCCAAUGAGUUUCUAUACUGGCAUGAAUACUCACCCGUAUGCAAUCGCUGUGAAUGAUCUGAACAAUGAUAAGCACAUGGACUUUGUCGUGACAUAUUCCGGUACAAAUCAAAUUGGUGUUUUUCUUGGUUUCGGUAACGGAACUUUUACAUUGUCAAAUCUGUACUCAACUGGAAACAAUUCUUUACCGUUAUCAGUCGUUGUUGGUGAUUUCAACAAUGAUGAUCAACCCGACAUCGCUGUCGGUAACUAUGAUAUUCGCAAUAUCGGCGUCUUCUACGGAAAUGGAACCGGCCUCUUCGCUGCUCAAACGGUAUUCUAUACGAACAGUGAUUGCAAUCCACAUUUAAUUGCCACCAAUGACUUUAAUAAUGAUACUCAAUUAGACAUCGCAAUAGUCAAUUAUGAUUACAACUAUCUCGAUAUUGUUUUGGCGCAUAAAAACUAUGCUUAUUUAAAGCAGAUUUCUUAUCCAACCACUCGCGGUACAUCUGGAUCUUGUCCUCAAUCCGUUGCAGUUGGGGAUCUGAAUAAUGAUCAUCGACUGGACAUGGUUGUUGAAAACUAUUGCAGCAGUACGGUGGAUAUUUUUUUAGGAGAUAACAAUGGCAAUUUUGUCAAAAAUAAGAGUUACUCAACGGGAAAUAGCUCAGGGCCGUACUUCGUUGCAGUAAGCGACUUAAACAAUGAUCAACAAUUGGAUAUUCUUGUUACAAAUUACGAUGUAGAUAAUAUCGGAAUACUCUAUAACGACGGAAAUGCAACAUUUCGAAAUAUAGUGACUUAUCCAACUGGAAAUGGUUCAUAUCCGUACUCUCUUGCCGUUGGAGAUCUAAAUAAUGACAAUAGAUCGGACAUUGUCGUUGCGAAUUAUAACUCAGACAACAUAGGAAUAUUCUUUGCUGAUGCGAACGGAAAUUUUAAUGAACAAAUAACUUAUUCGACUGGAGAUAAUUCUGGUCCGCAGAUGAUAGCUGUUGGACAUUUUAAUAAGGAUAAUUAUCUGGAUAUCGCUGUUGUCUGUCAAUAUUCUUCCAGUUUGAAUAUAUUUCUUAUGGAGGACGAUGGAGUAUUUUCUAAACAAAAUGUUUAUCCGUUGGGAGCUAGCAUUGAACCAAAUAGUUUGGCCACUGGUGAUUUGAAUGAAGAUGGUCACUUGGAUGUAGUUGUGACCACUCUUUACGGCCGUAACAUUCACGUUCUAAUUGGAUCCAGUGAUGGUACAUUUCGAAAGGUAGCGAUCUAUUCAACUGGUAGUGGAUCUCGACCAUAUUCAUGUGCUAUCACAGAUUGGAAUAAUGAUCAACAUUUAGAUAUUGUUGUAAGCAAUUGUCUCACAGAUAACAUAGUAUUAUUCGAAGGGUAUGGAAAUGGAACAUUUUCUCUUGAACAGAAUUACUCAACUGGUGCCGGUUCGUGUCCCAUGUCAAUCGCAUUCGGGUAUUUUAAUAAUGAUAGUCUAGUUGAUAUUGCUGUUACAAAUUCUGAUAGUGAUAGUCUUGGUGUUUUCCUUGGAUACACUUAUAUGAACGGUAAACGUGAAGCAGCGUAUUCAACUGGAUCUGCUUCUCUACCGCGAGCUGUGACACUUGGUAAUUUCAACAACGAUGAUUAUUUGGAUAUCGUUAUGGCAAAUUAUGGAUUGGGCAACAUUGACAUUUUGUUAGGACACGCCAAUGCAACUUUUCCGAUGCAAACGACAUUCUCAACUGGCGUCUUAUCAUUUCCAACUUCACUUGCUAUUGGUGAUGUUGAUAAUGAUGAGAAAUUAGAUGUGAUAAUUGCAAACUCGGGUACUGAAAGUAUACUUAUUUACUAUGGGUAUGAAAACGAGAAUUUUACAAGAAUGAAGUUGUAUUCGACUGGCGUUGGUUCAUCACCACAAUCAUUGGCUAUCGGUGAUUUCAAUAAUGAUAAGAAACUUGAUAUUGCUGUCGUGAAUUCUGAUACAAAUAAUGCUUUAACACUGAUGAAAUAUGACAUAGGGGCAUUCAGACAGCAAGUAUCUCAUUCGUUGAGUGAAAAUUCUUCCCCACAUUCAGUAGAAGUCGGCGAUUUUAACAAUGAUAAUCGAUCGGAUUUUGUUGUUGUAAACAGAGAUAGUAGCAGUAUUGCUGUUUUUCUAGGACAAGGUAAUGGAACUUUUUCCAAUCAAACAACCUAUUCAACUGGUCAAAGAUCGAAUUCCUGGUCAGUCACAACUGCUGAUCUCACGAAUGACAGUUAUAUAGAUAUUAUUGUUAGUAAUUAUUGGCAAGAUUAUAUCAGUAUUUUUCUUGGUCUCGGUAAUGGGACUUUUUCCAAUGAAAUAACUUCUUCAACUGGUGAUGAUACCGGAUCAUCUGAUACUGCCGUCGGUGAUUUUAAUAAUGAUGCUCAAUUGGAUAUAGUCGUUUCUCUCCAGUUUUCUUAUAAAAUAUGUAUUUUGUAUGGAUAUGGUAAUGGCACUUUUUCAUAUGGAGAAGAUUAUUCUACAGGCAGCGAUUCCUAUCCAUCAUCAGUGGUCACUGCCGAUUUGAAUCUCGAUGGAUAUUUAGAUAUUGUCGUUGCCAACUAUGGAACGUGGAAUCUAUAUGUAUACCACGGACAGCAAGAUGGGACUUUUAUACGUAUAUUCAUUUUGUCUACUGGUAGUGGUUCAUCUCCACAAUCACUUGUUAUUGACGAUUUUAAUAAGGAUGGUCGUUUGGAUAUUGCUGUUGCCAAUAGUGGUGCGGAUAACGUUGGAAUAUUCUUUGGCGCUGUCAAUAGUACAUUUCUCAAUCAAACCACUCUUUCCACAGGCAAAGGUUCUGCUCCAUAUGGUAUUUCUAUUGGCGAUUUUAAUGGUGAUAUGCAAUUGGAUAUUGCUGUUGCCAAUUAUGGCUCUAAUAGUCUAGGAAUUCUCCUCGGAUGUAUGAAUGGUACUUUCUUCAAUCAGUUAACGUACAAAACUGGUGAUUAUUCUCAACCGUGGAGUGUAGCCGUUGCUGACUUUGAUAAUGAUCAUCGUUUAGAUGUUAUCAUCGCUAAUUUGGGCACUAACAAUGUGGGUGUGUUUUUUGGAUAUACUAUGGAAGAUUUUCUAACAGCGCCUGCUUAUUCCAUACCAUCUUCGUCACAACCGGCCUCGAUUGCCAUUGGAGACUUCAAUUACGAUACUCGGUUGGAUAUUGUGAUUGCUAACGAAGGAGCAAAUAACAUAAUGAUAUUGUAUGGAUCAGGCUAUGGAACUUUUAUUGGUGAAUCAGUCUACUCGACUGGUAAUGAUUCUCGGCCACAUUCAACCGCUACUGCCGAUGUAAAUAACGAUCAGCGAUUGGACAUUAUCGUAGCCAAUUCUGGUACGAACAACAUCGGAAUAUUCUUAGGAAGCAAAAAUGGAACAUUCUCCAAUCAAAUAAUAUACUCUCUUGAUGUCUAUGCUCGACCAAGUUCUCUCGUAAUUUUAGACAUUAAUAAUGAUACAUACUUGGAUAUUGCUGUCGCUAACUUUGGCUCAAGCAGUAUCGCUGUUUUAUUCGGUGAUGGCAAUGGAAAUUUUGGCAAUGGAUUGGUAUUUAACACCGGCUAUCGUUCGUAUCCAUAUGCACUCAACGUGGGCGACAUCAACAAAGAUAAUCUAACUGAUAUCGUUGCGACAAACAGUGGCUUUGGAAAUAUUGAUAUUAUCAUGAAAACAUGCUCUUAG